CGAUAAUGAGUCUUAAAACAAUGGAAAAAUAACAAGAAAUCGCUUUAUUUAAGACAUGCAGAUUGUAUUAGUUAGUGCACGGCGCGGACCGGUAUGUCUUGUAAAAUGUUGUAUUAAUAUGCAUUAUUUAAACACUGGUAUAAGCGUGACUGUAAGUCGUCCACAUGCUAACUGCCUUGUCGCCUUGUCUUGCACUGCUGCAUCGCACUCACUUAAGAUCGGAGCUGCCACCCUGUCUCCAGCCGAAGUCUAAAUAUCAGUGACUUGCUUGCUGGAUUAUGUCCACAAAUUCGGGGCAGCCCCGGUGCAGAGGUCUUGUUAGGAAACCUGGGUUUUUAAUUAGUGCCUGCCUGCAGCAUUUGCAGUCCUUCGUUUGUAGUUAGCAAGUGUAUGUUGGAGACGAGGGUCUGAUGCUGAUGCAGUGAAGAUUGCGUUCAUCGCUAUCUCUUUGCUUGCUUGCUCUGCGGUGUGUUCUUUCUCUCUGUCCAGCUCCAUCACGAGCUGGAUGAUUACACUUCUCGCUUUGGUGCUACAUUUUUGGAGUUAUUUUAUUUUAACUGAAACUCAUCAUGACGACUGAUUCAUCAACGCCCGAUCUGUCCACGGCUCCGAAUCCCACUAUCGUGGACCCCGCAGCGCAAAACGGACAGUGUGCACCCACAGACCAGCACCCACCCAAAAGAGGGACCCAGGGGGACCCUUUCAGCAUGGACCGGGACCAAGAGAUGAAAAUCAGCGAAAGCAUCCAAUUCAGCGAUGAAGUUGAAAACAGAGGUUUGCUUGAAAGCAGCACCCGGCUGAAGCCUCAUGAAGCCCAGAGCUACCGGAAGAAGGCAUUGUGGGUAUCCUGGGCCUCCAUCCUUGUCACAAUAGCCCUGGCCGUGGCUGCUUUCACUGUUUCCAUUAUGAGACACAGUGCUUCUGCGUUUGGAUUUGCUUUUGACGCCGUGCUUGACGUUCUGUCCUCAAUCAUUGUAUUAUGGCGUUACAGCAAUGCGGCCGCGGUGCACUCAGCGCACAGGGAGUACAUAGCCUGUGUUGUACUGGGAGUGGUUUUUAUCCUGUCGUCCAUGUGCAUUGUGGGUAAAGCCAUCCAUGACCUUGCCACCAAACUGCUCCCUGAAGUGGGUGAUUUUCUCUUUAGUGUUUCCAUUUUAAGUGGGAUCCUCUGCAUCAUCCUGGCAGUGGUGAAGUUUAUGCUGGGGAGGGUCUUGACCAGCAGAGCUCUGAUAACAGAUGCUUUUAACUCUCUUGUUGGAGGGAUUAUGGGCUUCUCCAUAUUAAUCAGCGCUGAGGUCUUCAAGCACAACCCUAACGUGUGGUACCUGGAUGGCAUGACAGGAGUUCUCAUUGGACUCAUUAUUUUGGCUUAUGGAGUAAAGUUGCUUAUUGAUAUGGUCCCUCGGGUGAGACAAACACACAAUUAUGAAACCUUUGAAUGAGUCACCUGGGGAACAAUGCCAGCAAGCUCACCCUCCAGCCCUGAUAUUACUAAAGACUUCAGAGGAACAUUGACCAGUGUUAUUUAUUUAGUUUAACAUGCAGUUUGUCAUUGCUGCAGUAUUUUUCAUUCUUCGAACCCAGCAUGUAAAUAAGUCAUCACAAAAAAGCAAGCAGGAAAAGCAAAGGUAACAUCGCCACAGAGUGAAUGGGGAUCCAGCUGACUGUAUACUGGAAAAGCACCUGCAAUUCUUUAUGUGUGAAAAGGCUGAAUGUUGUCUUCAGCUGAAUUAUUUUAAAUCUCUUUAGAGAAUACACUCUUUUUAGUCGGUUUUAAUAAUAUAAAAAUGAACAGAGUUAAAAGGAAUAUAUUUUAUUGGAUACUAGCUCUCAGGGGGUUAAAUUCAUUUUUUUAAAUCUUACCUAAAGGAUCCCUAUCCUAUUAUUUUCAUCAUGUACAACAGCUCACAAAAAAGAGCAAGGGGUUUUAACAACAGGGACCAUCAUUAAAACAGCCUUUAGACAGAGCUGCAGGAAAGAAAAUCCAUAUCCACCAAUCUGCUGCCCUCAGACAUCAGUCAGGAGGUCAAGGGCAGCAGAAUCGACAGCGUGAAGUGAACUUUUAAUAAAUCGCUGAUAAAAAGGAAAACACACUUGAUUGUUUUAAAUGGUAGCUGACAGCGACUACACUCUUUAAAUAUUAUUUCACUCAAGACCUGCUUAUUUGAUGAUAUUAGCUUUAUCCCUUUAUCAAAAGUUUUGGAGAAAAUUGCUUACAACUUUUGUAAUGCUCUUUUACACUGAAUCUCUAUAAAAGAUGAUCUCACCAGUCUGCCACAGGAUUGAGUAACAGGAUCAUAUGGGUUUUGUGCCACAGUUAAAGUUUCAAAUUCAUAGUGCUUGCAUACUGUACACUAGAAUCUGCAGAAGUUAAAACUCUGCUAAGAGAAACAGAUCAGUUUCCAUUGACAACCUGUCUGGACGUUCUUCAGAUUACUUUAGGUUUCUUUAUUUUGGCAGUCCUGCUGUUCUUUGUUAAAAUCACACCGUAAGAGUUUCCAUUGGCUGGAGUUUGAGAUCAAGGCAUGCAGUGUGUUCAGUGCUAUUGUAGAACUUUGUUGUCCCGUGUAACAAAAAAGGGGAAUUUAUAAUUAUUCGUGAAUGACAUACGUAUGUGCUGACGUGCUGAUGUUGUUGUGCGAUUAAUGUAUGAUUGGAAUCAAUAAUCCCAGUGGUGUGGAUGUAUCUGUAUUUAUACAAUGCCCAAGAUGUGCUGGAAACGUACUGCUCUCACUCAUAACAUAUAACAGGUAAGUCAUAUGUUUCUGCAUUUAUGCCUGUGAUUAUUGCUGGUUGUUUGGAAUAAAUACAGUAAACAUGUUAAUGUGUGUAGUUUUAAUUAUAGCAGCAUUAUUGUAGCUGUAAUUUUAAUUGAAAUUUCAGCAAACAAUUCUGCUGUAAUUGUAAAUAUAAUUAUAAUUUACCCCAGGUCUAGUUCUUGCCUUUUUGAAUUCUGCAUUUUCUUAAAAUGUUUUAAAAUAUAUUAGACUGGUUUAUGGAUUUCAUGUGCAAUGCACACAGAAUUAUGCUUUGAGGUGUACUUGGGCAUAUCAUGUCCAUUCUUUCCAUUGGUUUUAUCCUGUAUAAAAUGAGAACAUGAGUUUGGAAUAUUUACUUCAUCAGUGUCAAAUUAGAAAAAAAAUUUCAGGGGUUGCUGUACGCAGGCACUGAAAUCUAGUAAUCUGUUGAUGAUUUGGGUACAAGGUCUACAAGAACUUCCAACAGCCAAGCGAACUGUACAAAAAGACACACAUUUGCAACUGCCAAACUACUGUAUAUCGGUUUACAUUGUUCUGUUAUACAUAUAUACUUAUAUCCAGAAUAUGUGCAGAGCACAGCUUGACCUGCUUAAAGCAUAUAGUACUGUAAGAGCACAGCAUUAAGAGUAUUGUAUUAAAUGUAUAGUUGUAGAUACUGCAUCAGCACUACUGACCCUGUAUAUUUAUAAAGAAUACACACAAAAAGAAA